UUGAAUGAUUCUUUGAAAAAUGGAUGGAUUGCUUUUGAAUUAACAAAUUAUGUCGAACAUAAGAGCAUUGUCAUUGGUAACAAUAGCAAAACAAAUAGAUUUUCAACCUAUUUAAAUUGUUACUUUGCGAAUCAAUUAUUGAAUACUAGCGCUAUGGCUGAUAUUAAUAUUAUAUUAAGCAAUAUUGGGGACGACGGUUAUCAAACGAGACGGAAUGGGUAUUUUAUAUACACUGAAAAAGUUUCUGUUGAGGAUCUUCAAGGAAUAUGGGACGAAGAUAUGGUUUUGACGCUGAGUUGGAGUUUGUCUAUGGAUAAAAAUGAGGAGGACAUAAUAUUCCAAAUAAGUCAAAAUGGCAAAGAUUUUGCUUUCGCCGAAACUACGGAAAACCAUUACAAGGUGCAUUCUACUUUGAUUUGUCCGGCAAAGAAGGAAUUUGCUCAGCUUGCAGUCAGGGUAAAGGUUGACAAAAAUGUGUACAAAUGGUCUAAAUUAGAAGUGGCUUGUCCUCCACCGCCUCCAACAUUUGGUAAUAAUCCGAUCAUAGCAAUUCCUAUCGACUCUUCGACGUGCAGUUUCAAGCUGCAACUGCCACCCUUCCAGAAUCCCACCAAUCGCAGUUAUAUCAGCGUCUUCGUUGAGCAGACAGAUUAUGAGGGAAGGAAAGAUUAUUGCGAUCCGAUAAAAUUGGGUUUGAAGACAACCAUUACUAUUCGUUCAGUUCACCUGGCUGUACAUAAGGAACUCACCAAACCCUAUGACAUGUUGACCAUUGAUAUUGGUGAAGCGCCAACGAAGGAAUCAUUCUCAGAACUCCUCAAUUGCAGUUACCAAAAUGCAAUGCUUUCACAAAAAGAGAAAUCUAUUUUUUACGUAGUGAUGACGAGCGCGGAUGAUCGGCUUACAGUAAAAAGGAGCACCUUGUACGUUGUACUUGUUCCAUCUAUUAAUGAUUUUCGCACUUCCUCGUUAGCUGUUUAGUAAUUUACACAUCUCUGUUGCCAGUCUCACAUUUUUGUGGCUUUAAGUAACUACUUUCCUUAUAAUCAUUUAAUAUAGGGGUUCCCAAACUAUGUUAAGUUA